CUUCGGCCCAACCGGUGCAUCCCGGUUCUCUAUCUUCUCUAGUUCUCAGAUCCACCACACCAGACCUUCCCAUCUUCAACAUGCUACUAAUUAUUUUCUCCAUUUUUUCCCAUCUCCGCUCUCAAGAAUCAACAUCUCCCCACUUCCUUUCGGGAAUUUUUGAUUCUUGAUUGGGUUUUGUCGAUCCAUUCACGCUCUCUCUUUACAACACUGACCGACGUACAGAUCUUGAAAAGCAAUGGAUUCGCCGCCUUCCCAUUCUCCGGGAAGGUCGCCCGGUAACUCCAAGAAACCCUCGAGUUACACUUCGACGUCCUCAUUGUCAAAAUCAAUCGCCGAUGCCAGCAGCCAGAGCUUCUCCUCCAUCCUCAACAACCCUAAUCCUUCCUCAUCCGUUGUCGGUUGGUGGUCUUCUUCCACCGCCGUUCCAGGACCCGAAUUUGCCCCUUUGCCCUCUGCGCCCAAACCUGGAUCCGAAAUCACCCGAUCCGAUUUCAUUCCUUACCUAUCCUCCGUCUCCGAGUCUCACUCUCGCUUCGUCGACAUUCUCAGGCAGCACGAUAGGGAUCACCAGGUGCAGGACGGUAGUUUUGCUGGAGGCCUCGCGGGGGAAGCAUUGGUGGCGUGCUUGAGGGAGGUUCCCGCGUUGUAUUUUAAAGAGGAUUUCCAAUUGGAAGAUGGCGCCACUUUCAGAGCAGCGUGCCCAUUCAGAACGAUUUCGGAGAAUGUUGCGCUGCAGGAGAGGUUGUCGCAGUAUUUGGAUGUGGUGGAGUUGCAUUUAGUGAGGGAGAUUUCGAUGCGGUCUAGCUCCUUCUUUGAAGCGCAGGUGCAGUUGGAGGAUUUGAACGCGAAGAUUGUUCAAGGGUGCGGGAGGGUUAGGGAGUUGAAGGAGACGAUCAGGCUUUUGGACUCUGAUUUGGUUGGUUCGGCUAGGAAAGUGCAGGAGUUGAGCAAGAAGCGUGGGGAUUUGAUCAAGUUGCAGAACAAGCUAAGGCUCGUUCUUUCAGUAAACCAGGCCAUCUCCACUCUUCAGUUGCUUGUUGCAUCUGCAGAUUGUCUUGGAGCUUUGGAUAUUACUGACGACCUGCAGCAUCUAUUGGAUGGAGAUGAGCUGAUUGGUUUACAUUGCUUUCGUCAUCUUCGUGACCAUGUAACAACUUCAGUAGAGUCAAUUAACAGCAUUCUUUCAGCAGAAUUUAUUCGUGCAUCUUUGCGCGGUGCUGAAAAUAUGGAUGUAUUAGUGACAACAUCUGCCUUCACCUCCAAUGGAAGACAUGAUGACGUUCGACUGGAGGAAGAACAAACGUCUAAUUUUCAAGAUCAGCUUCUUCCUCUUAUCAUCGGAUUACUUAGAACAGGCAAAUUACCAGCUGUGUUGAGAAUAUAUCGUGAUACACUUGCUUCUGAUAUAAAGACUUCUGUUAAGAUGACAGUUUUGAAUAUGCAACUGGAGUCAGAUUCUAUCUCCGGAGAGGGGAUUGUGGAUUCUGAUGGUGGUGGCUCAUCACUUGGAAGUAAGUUAAAAAGUCUAUCACCUGAUAGCUUUCUGAAGCUUUUGGAGGAAAUUUUCAAGAUAGUGCAGACACGCUUGUUGCGGGCUUCUGAAGUCAAAAAAGCAAUUGAGUGGAUCAUGGGCAAUCUCAAUGGUCACUAUGCCGCUGCUUCAGUUGCUGCUGCCAUUGCACAUGGUGCAGCUGCUCCUGAAACAGCUAAUGAGGAAGAUGGCCGUGCUAGUUCCUUUUCGUCACAGUCUCCCCAAAAUGCUACCCGAGUGACAUCUACCCAGGGAAGAGGAUAUGAUACUGCAAGUCCAAAUCUUUCAAAAAAUUUCAGAGCUGAUAUUUUAAGAGAGAAUGCAGAAGCUCUAUUUGCUGCUUGUGAUGCUGCUCAUGGAAGAUGGGCUAAAAUUGUUGGAAUCCGUUCUCAAAUUCAUCCAAAGCUGAAAUUGCAGGAAUUUCUUAGUGUUUACAACAUUAGUCAGGAAUUUAUAAGUUCAACCGAGAAGAUUGGUGGAAGGUUGGGAUACAGCAUUCGUGGAACACUACAGUCGCAAGCUAAAUCCUUCAUUGAAUUCCAGCAUGAAUCUCGAAUGACGAAGAUGAGGGCUUUGCUUGACCAAGAAAAUUGGGCUGAGAUAGAUGUACCAGAUGAAUUUCAGAAUAUUGUCACUUCAUUGUGUUCUUCAGUAUCAGUGACUACUGGAGAUAGUGAUGCAGCUUCUGAUGAUGCUGCAUCAAGUUCUAAAGAAGUGAUUCCAAGUACUGAUGGUUCCUCCAUUGCGCAUGCUGGUCUAUCAAAUUCACUGCAGACUAUCGAACAUUCUGAUUCUAAUGGGACAGUUGUGGAUCAUAUACCAAAUGCUAAUUCAUCACGUUCGAGUGCGGCAACUGAGAAUAGCAAUGCUGAUGUUAGUACUUCCUCUCAGGGCAACAGUGCCAGCACUAAGGAGCGUGGAAAACCUGCCCUUCGGAUGCUUCAUUUCAGAGGUGUUGGAUAUCACAUGGUAAACUGUGGCUUAUAUUUGGUGAAGAUGAUGUCAGACUACAUAGAUAUGAGCAAUUGUUUGCCCGCGCUAUCUGCUGAAAUAGUUCAUCGUGUCGCUGAGAUCUUGAAAUUAUUCAAUUCAAGGACUGCUCAUCUUGUUCUUGGAGCGAAUGCUUUACAGGUGUCUGGUUUGAGAUCGAUUACUGCUAGACACUUGGCUAUGGCAAGUCAAGUCAUAAGUUUCACGUAUGCCAUCAUACCUGAAAUUAGGAGAGUUCUCUUGCUCAAAGUGCCGGAGACGUAUAAAGGGCUGUUGCAGUCAGAGCUCGACCGAGUAGCAACUGAUUAUAAAAAUCACCGUGAUGAGAUUCAUUCCAAGCUGGUUCAGAUAAUGAGAGAAAGAUUAUUGGUUCAUCUACGUAGCUUGCCACAAAUUGUUGAGGGGUGGAAUAGAUCCGAGGACACUGAACAGCCUAGUCAGUUUGCUCGGUCUCUCACCAAGGAGGUUGGAUACCUUCUGCGUACGUUAUCUAAACACCUGCUUGAGGAGGAUGUUCAAGCAAUUUUUGGGCAAGUGGUUGUAAUUCUGCACACUCAAAUUUCUGAUGCAUUUUCACGGUUAGAGAUAAGCACUCCGCAAGCAAAAAGCAGUCUUCAUUGCGAUAUCCAGCAUAUACUUGGGUGCAUCAGAGCAUUGCCUUCUGAUAAUUCGAGUAAAUCUGGUCCACAAAACUGGGGGCUGCUUGAUGAAUUCCUGGCACAAAAUGUUGGCUCUGAACAUAGUGAAUAGAUUCUUUUGGGAAGAAGCUGGUAAAGAUAAUUGGAUGAAGACUGACUGAGUCAAAUUUCAGUAUGGAGGCUUGAUCAAGUUGGUGUCCUUCAAAUGAGGGGUCAACACUAUCAUCUUCAAUUGCGAUAUCAUAAUGACAAUCCAUGGAUGCCUGUUUCUUAUAGGAUAGCUUGAAUUUAUUCUUUUUGUAGCUGUUUUCUGUAUUAUUUCUGUUUCAUUUUUUUGCUUUGCGAAGAAUAAAAGGAAUAGCGUGUUCUCCAGUUUUGCAUCCGCCAUUUAAAUCAUGUGUGUAUUAUAUACUUGGAAAAACCAGUGUUGGUUCACAUCUUAUAUGCAGCCAAGAAUUUUAAUUUUC